UCUGUAUUGACAAAGUGGCUAUAGAAAAACGCAGAUCAAAUAUUUUCAAAAUGGUGUGUUUUAAAAUAAAGAUCUAGAUCUAUAAACAUCAUUUAGAUUUCCACUCAUCUAGUGUAACAUGAAACAAUGUCACCACCAAUGUCACCACCAGCAGUAAACCAAGCGUGACCUACUUUGAGGACUUCCGAUUUCUCCUAUGGGGCGAGAAGCGUACUUGUCGGUAUCUCAUGUUCUUCUGGUCCUGACCCUAUUACUGACCUGGUCAAAGCAAUGUGAGAGUCUCAAAGCAACUUUGAAGUCAAUCAACGCCAGCGCCACCACGGACGACUCGAUGCCGAAACAUGUGGACAUAAGAAUGACCACGGAAGACAAUUAUGACAUUCGGCUCAACCUGGAACAAGUGCCUCACUCAAGUGUUCCUUUAGUGUUGGUCGAUGUGAACAAGGGCGGCCAUUUUGUGACCAAAUCCCAACUGAUGAUGCCGGAUAAGAAUGUUGACUUCUACCAAGACCCGCAAAACAAAGCGACUCUACAAAUCACUAGGCGGAGAAACAAAGCCAGAGAGAAUGAAAGAUUUGACAUGAGAGGUCAUCUUGUAAUCAAAGGAUGGGUCUAUUACCUCAACACUCAACAAGGAUAUGAACCAAAUGACGGCCUUGGUGCUAAAUAUAGAUCUGACGUACCACGUGAUUCACCGGAAGAAGUCGUUGUAGAGUCCCUUGUAGGAAGUGAUCUCAUUUUGGAAAAGGAAAAUUUGCUUUGGCAAUUAGAUUCUGACUAUCUUUCCAAAGAUUUUCCUAUGAGAAUAGACGAAAAUGAGCCUGUAGAAAAACGCCUUCGGUGGCCUUCGUUUGGGUCAGCUCGUGCAAAGCGCCAGUCUCGACAACAGUACUUCAUUGAUAUAGUAGCAGUGGUGGACUAUUCUUUGUUUAUGGAGUUUAAACGUAUGAAUGACUCGUGGGACUUGCAGACUAUGUAUAGACACUACGCCAUGACCUUUAAUGAGGUGGACCUAAUCUACAAAGCACUGAACACUCCAUUUGUUCUGAAGAUACAAGUGAUUAAAAUUAUAGUCUUAACGACUGCCGCGGCUUCCAACUUCAGUGAAUUUUAUCGCCGCGAUGAUAAACUGCAAGCGAACUCAUGUCUUAAUGCCUUAUCAUUGUUCUCUGGAGACCAGGGCAAAGAUAUCAUUGGGGCAUGUGAUCAUGUCAUGGCUUUCACAGACUAUGAUUUGUUUUCUCUAAGCGACGGACAGCCAAAUUACAAAGUAGCGGGGAUAGCCAACAUUGGUGUCGUGUGUCGCCAGGAUGGUACCAGCUCUUCAGUGAUUGAGGAGAGAUUCGGCUACAUGACGGUUAUAGUUGCAGCUCACGAAUUUGGUCACAGCCUGUCCGCUAAACACGACGGAGAUGGCAAUGAUUGCAGCUCGGACGAUGGCUAUAUCAUGGCGGUCAGCUACACCUUAUCAAACGACAUGAACCAAUAUAACUUUUCAAGCUGCAGUUCAGAGAGCAUUGAAUAUUAUAUUCAAAACGUUCUUCGUUCACAAGAAGGAGUCGAGUGUCUUACGAAAGCUCUCAAAGUGUCAGACAGCGUACCUAUUGUCAAUGACACGCUGCCAGGUCUUGAGUUGUCAGCAGACGAACAGUGUCGGAGGAUAGAAGGGAACGAUUCUUACUAUUGUAGACAAUUAAAGCCACAGGAUAUCUGCAGGAAGUUGUGGUGCGGCCAGAGCACGAACCGUUCUUUCUGUCGGGCUUCACAGAUGGCGUUAAGAGGCACCCCCUGCGGCAAUAAAAAGAUUUGUUCCUUCGGGCAGUGUGUCGAAGAUGAGAGAGGCCUAGACUUACCAGAGAAUUGCUUGUUUGGAGAUGUCACAGACAUUGUUGCGCACAACAGGAACUGUGAGCAGUUGGUCAGCUACAUCAUCUUGUACUGUUACAUGAACACCAGCAUCGUCAGGGAUCUAUGCUGCAAGUCUUGUCAGAUGCGCUACAGGCCCGUGCCAGGAUGUGAAUACGGUGACAGGAUAAAGGACUGCAAGCCACAGUACUGCAAAUUUAACCCAUCGGAAUGUUGUGAGACCUGCGCUUCAGUGGUGAUCACUCAGGAUACAAGGAGCACUGUCAAGGGGACGGAUUUCACUGCAAGACCAUCCUAUCCAUCCGCGGAAGUCACUAAAAUGCCAGCAGGUUUUCCACAAGCCAUGAAUCAAACUGGACCUGCAUCCACACCUAAGCCCAGCUUCACGGCCAGAUCUACAGAGAAAGUUGCUGAUAGUCAAGCGCCGUUGACACCUAGAGUGCAACUGGAAACCAGAUCUCAGAUCACAACGAUUAAAUUCUCCAGGUCUUCUGUCUCCUGUUCUGAGAGGACAUUUGAUACAUAUCACCUCAUGUUUUAUACGGCCAUUGUUUCCGCACUGUCUAGCAUUGUUAACAGUUAUGUAAAUAGCUUUCUCUGACGUCUGUUUUUAUUUUUGUUUGUGACCUGCAUUAUAUCCACAAUAUUGUGUUUUAGCAUUUAUACGCUUAUUAUAUAUAUAUUUUCGUUUUAUUUUUGGUACACAUCUAUGUAAAUAAUAACUUGUCUUACCUAUCAUAGCCUACCAUAUACAUUAAUUUAUUAACAUCAUUAGAAAUUUCUGCUAUUUUGGAAACAUUUGUAUAUUCAUAAUAUUUAUAUGACGAAUAUUUGUUGCAAAAUGUCAGUUUCUGAUUUCCCAUAAGUGAAAAGUUUUUGUGAAGGUCCCUGCAUGUAUCAAUAAACUUAAAAUUAUUUCAGA